AUUCUCCUCCACCCCUCACCAGCGGUACCCUAACUCUCAAAGGCCUUAUUUGCACAGGGGGCCCCUCGGACUCUUCCUGGGGGCCCCCCCUGGGGGGCCCCCCUGGGGGCCCCCUCGAGGGGGCCCCCCUGGGGGCCCCCCUGGGGGCCCCCCUGGGGGGCCCCCUGGGGGGCCCCCUGGGGGGGCCCCUGGGGGGCCCCCUGGGGGGCCCCCCUGAUGUGGAGGAUUUGGGUCUGGGGGCCCCCGGGGGCCCCCAAGAGUGGGGAGUGCUGCGGGGAGUGAGUUUGAAUAAUUUUCAACAAGUUUCGGAGGCGAAGAUAAAGGGAAUUGAAUUUGAUGCUGCUGAUCCAGUUUGCUGCAACGCCCUCGCCACGUUGGAAAAGGAACAAAGGAGACUGGCGGAGGCGCUGACUGCGCGCUCCCUCGAGCUGUAUCCGGACCUUCUCGCGAGACAAAGAGUUUUAAACAAAUUUGGAUUUGUCCAUUCCGAAGGAACUCCCACUCUUAAAGUAAACCAGCAGCAGCAGCAGCAGCAGCAGCAGCAGCAGCAGCAGCAGCAGCAGCAGCAGCAGUUGCUGCUGGUGCUGCUGGUGCUCGUGGCGCUGCGGGAGGUGGCCUAG